CGUCGUUUUAGGGUCCUCCGAAACAGGAAACAGUCAACAUUAACAAAUUCUCCACAGUACUUUACUGCCACUGUAUCCCUUUCUCUCGUCACUUUUCUAGACUCUCUAUGCCCAAAUAAUCGGAGCAGUAGAAUGGUGAGAAAAAUGAGUGCGUUUAGAAAAAGCUUCGAAGAAAAACGAGAAAAAGAGCGGCUUCUUUCAUCAUGCAACGGCGAUUACACUGAGUUACCUGGAUUCCGACACACGCUUUAUUACGAAGAGUCUUCCGGAUGUUGUUCUUCUUUAAGGGUGAAGUUAUCUGAGUUAUGGAAGGAAUGGAAAAGAGUUGCUGUGAAAGCGAUGGAGAUGGGUCGAACCGACCCGAGAAAGAUCAUCUUCUCCGCAAAAAUGGGUUUAGCAUUGAUGCUUAUAUCGUUGUUGAUAUUUUUUAAGGAGCCGGUUGAGGAACUCAGCAGAUACUCUGUAUGGGCUAUUCUUACUGUCGUCGUCGUUUUUGAGUUCAGUAUUGGAGCCACUCUAAGCAAAGGGUUUAAUCGUGGGCUUGGGACACUAUCAGCUGGAGGACUUGCUCUUGGAAUGGCUGAAUUGUGUCAGUUGGCCGGAGACUGGGAAGAAGUUGUUAUAGUUGCCGGUAUAUUCAUAACAGGUUUUUUUAUCACUUAUGCAAAGCAGUACCCGGCAAUGAAGCCCUAUGAAUAUGGUUUCCGAGUUUUCCUGAUAACAUAUUGUUUCAUCAUGGUAUCCGGUUAUCACACAAGAGAAUUUAUUCAAACAGCUGUAAGUCGGUUUUUGCUCAUUGCACUUGGUGCUGGUGUUUCUUUAGCUGUGAACAUUUGUGUGUAUCCCAUCUGGGCUGGUGAGGAUCUUCACAAUCUGGUGGCGAAGAAUUUCAUCAGUGUAGCUACUUCACUAGAAGGUUGUAUCAGCGAAUAUCUGAACUGUGUCGAAUAUAAGAGGAUCCCUUCAAAAAUUCUUACUUACCAAGCAGCUGAUGAUCCAGUGUACAAUGGCUACAGAUCAGCAGUAGAAUCUACAAGCCAAGAGGAAGCUCUGGUAGCAUUUGCAAUCUGGGAGCCACCCCAUGGUCCAUAUAAGAUGAUCAGAUAUCCUUGGAAAAACUAUGUCAAAGUUAGCGGCGCAUUAAGGUAUUGCGCUUUCAUGGUUAUGGCGCUGCAUGGCUGUAUACUAUCUGAAAUACAGGCGCCUGCUGAAAGAAGACAGGUUUUCCGUAAGGAGCUUCAGAGAGUAAGUACGGCAGGUGCCAAAGUGUUGAGAGAAAUUGGGGAGAAAGUGAAAAAGAUGGAGAAGUUGGGAUCAGUGGACAUUCUUUAUGAAGUGCAUGAAGCAGCAGAAGCGUUGCAAAAAAAAGUGGAUCAGAAGUCUUAUCUUUUCGUCAAUUCAGAAAACUGGGAAAUCGGAACACGAGCCACAGUAGUGGAUACUCCCCAGGAGCCUGGAAGCCUGGAUGAUGACAGAAACUCUUUUCUACACCACAGGUCUCAUAGUGAAACAGUCAUCAACAUCGACUCCAUCCUUAACUCAAAAAGUUGGGAUAACAGGACGUGUAACUUCGCUAGUAACAACCAAGCUGCAGGAUUAACCCCACAAAACACAGUGGAGAAACCAAAAUUCCGAACAACACAUUCUCUGCCUAAAGAUAAUGAAGCACUAAAGGAGGUGGAAGAGGAAGAGGACGACAAGCUAGAAGUGUCGAAGACAUACGAAAGUGCCAGUGCUUUGUCUUUAGCAACAUUCACAUCCCUUCUCAUUGAAUUUGUUGCAAGACUUCAAAACGUAGUAGACUCAUUCGAGGAAUUAAGUGAGAAAGCAAAAUUUAAGGAAGCUGUGGAUUUGUCUGAAGCGUCGCAGAAAGUUUCCAUAUGGUCUAGGUUAAAAGGGUUUAUAAAGUUUUGGAAAAGAGAGGAGAGCAGUUUGCCAGUUUAGAGGCCAACCCUUCUUGUCCAUCCAAAGACAGAAGAGUAUAGAUGCUAAUAUAUUACAUUGUCUGUUAGAUGAGGAGAUGUUAUAGCAGCUUACGCAACUGGGAACUCGAAUCGGCUUGGAAAUGCAACACAGAUUAUAUAUCCUAACUCUGAAAAGUCUUAGGCCAAUUGCCUCCUGCAUAUUAGUUUUCAAUAGCUAUAAUUGUUAACAAUAUCUAGUGGGGACAAUGCCUAUAAAUGUAUUGAGGUAAAUUUUUAGCAAGUCUUCUUGGCUCCAAUGCAUUAAGGUCUAACGGUAAUGUAGGCAGCACAAGUGUACAUUGAAAUAUACUGGAAAAGUAGUUAUAAGUAUCGUUUUUGUUUAUGAUGAAGCAA